CAGUUCACGGGUCCCUUACCGUCGGGUAGCGAUAAAAUGCGACCUUACCGUGUAAGAAACAAAAUUCUGGUGCGAGAACGAAAACAUGGGGCGUGGAAAUAGAAAGCACGCUCCAUCCGUGCACGGCGUUCUCUAUCACGUACCACCGACGUAGCAUGCGUGCUCGACAGGGAAUACAGGAAGCGUACCGACCCUCAAGCUGGAAAACCCGCCCUCCUAAUCCCACAAACAACUUCUUUUGAAAUGGCUUGUUAUUAUUAGCGCAGUGCCUAAAUACCUUACUUGUCCGAAGGCGAGUGUCUACAGCUUUACAUGGUUUUCAGACUCGCUCCCUGCUCCUUGCGGGCGCCAUGUUCUAUGCACCAGGACAGGACGUUCAGCGUCCAACACAUCCUCGCCUGCAUGUACGUGACACUCGAGAUGCCCAGGUCGUCCUUGAGGCCGUACGCCGAGGAAUAUUAAAACCCGUCUCGAGACGGCUCAAUGAAGUCGAGCGUUCUACGUUCAUUCAGUCUGGCUCCAUCUUCGUUUGGGAAGAGAGCGACGACGAACUUGGUCUAAAACGCUGGACAGAUGGUAGAGUGUGGAGUCAGUCACGAAUGCGCGAGGUAAUUUGGAUUCCGCGCGCCAUCCCCAGUGCUCACGAACGCUAACAUCAGGCCUCUUGAAACCAUUUAAGCCGUAUCUUUUCUAUGACGAAAAGCUCCCGAACGACCCUGAUUAAUUUUUCUAUAGGACACAACCCGUAUUCCGGUUCGUUGACGGAACAACUCGAGGAAAUGGAAGUUCGUCAAUAUUAUCACAUUUCG